ACGUCAGAUAAUUGAUUUUAUAAUGGAAUAUACGAAAGGAUUUCAAUGUGCAGAUUGUGAAAAUUAUUAUCUUUCAGAAUAUUUUGAUUGUACUGAUAAUUCAGAUGAAGAUUCCGAUGAGAAUUAUUUUAUAUAUAACAAUGCAUACCAAUAUGAUGAAUAUUGUUAUGACAAUGGCAUGGAUUAUUAUUAUGAGAAUAAUCACGAUCCACUUGAUGAAGCAGACGAAGCCACAGAUUCUGACGAUUCAUGCUAUGAAGACGACAGUGAUGCUUCAGGAGAUUCUGAUUCAUACUGUGGUAUGGAUUUCGAUUAUGAGAAGAACUAUAAUAAUAUACUACUUAAAACAAAUCCAUACUUCGAAGAAUAUAACGAUUCUACAGAUGAUUCAGAAUUCUAUAAUUAUUCUGUAGAUGAUUCAGAUUUCUAUAAUGAUGAUUCUGUAGAUGAUUCGGAGUCAUACGACGAGGAAAGCUACGAUACUGAUGAAGAUUCAGAUUCUUGCUUUGUCGAUGACUUCGAUUCUGCAGAUGCUUUGAAUAAGCACGAUCUUUAUGAAAAUUUGGAAUUAUUUUAUAGAAGCAAUUUAUAUGUUUUGAAAGUGAUUACAUCAAAUGAAUAUUCAGUGUUGCUGCUUUUUUAUGAAAGGCUUCUGGAAGAUCUGAGACAGAAAUUUUUUGUCAGUUCCUUUGAUAUGAAAAGCUCCAUAGGACUUCUGAUCGAUUGUUAUAGUCUUGUAAAUUGCGGUCAGUUGCCAAUUGAAAUAGACUUCAAUUCCAUGAAAUAUUGUCUUGGGUAUUUGUAUCGGUAUGGAGCUUGUCAUACGGCACUUGUUUUGGAAGCUAUAUCUACCAUGCUUGAAUCUUCUAGUGUAUUAUUGCCUUUGUUAAACAAGAAGAAACUAAACGUCAUGUUUUUAGGUGGUGGUCCAGGAUAUGGCUUCUUUGGAUUUUUAAUUGCGUUACAUGAACAUCAUAAUUUGUUGCAUAUCGAUGCGACAAUUGUAGAUAAGAUGUCUGGUUGGGAAAUCAUUUUCAUGGAAACUGUUAAGAGACUACAACGAGGAGAUUUCGAUCAAGCUUGUCCUGUCUUUCAAAACGUAAACGUGACACCAUCUUUCAUAUCGGCAAAUCUUAAUGAAAUUGGGGCCUAUUUUGGAAAGAUGGAGAUUAAAAUGAUUGAAACUGAUUUAGUAUUCCUUGUCAAAACUUUGUCCCACAUUCCAGAUGCAGAAAAACUUGAUGUGUUGCAGAACAUUGUCUUCUUCUUGAAACCUGGUGCCCUUCUGGUCUACAUCGACUUCCCUUUUCCCCACAAAACAUUCGCAUCUUUGCGAUGUUUGAGGCUUGUUUAUGAGUCAAGUAAAAUAUGGUAUGACUUCUGCUUAAAGUCAGUUCAAUUUGGAUAUCCUAGUAUCUCAAAAUGUAGAGCCGAAGUAAAAGUCUUUGAACGAUUGUGAUAUCGAGUUAUUUUACAUGUUGAUAAAGAGUUUUCUAAAUGUGUUGAAAACAAGCUUUCUCUAGAAAUAUUUUUUGAAAGAAUUGUUUUUAUCUGCAAGAAAUUUUAAAUUUCA